AUGGAAUUUCGUGUCCAUCAUGAAGCAUUGUCCUUCACACGCAACGGAAACGGUCAAACGUGCAAAGUAUUAGAUCCAAGACUGCAUUUCUUGCAUGAUCUCUGGCCAGCGCAGAAACCGAGCCGCGACCGCCGGCCACCAGCCCCGCUCCCCGCGACGGAAGGGACGUCGUGGGCGAGCACAGCGCCCUCCGGGUUCGUGCUCCUCGGCCAUCUGCACGAGAGCCACGACCCUCACGGACGCCUGAGGAAGGCUGGAUCGAGAAUGCAACCAGCAGAGGAACGGGAGCCGAAGGGACGACCGGACGAGGGUUUGACCUUGCCCUGUGACCCGCCCGGAGGUCAACACUGCGUGGCCUAACGCGACCUGAGACUGACGUGAUUGCCCUUCCCUCUGCUUCU